AUGGCUGCCUCUCUACUGCGCUUGCAUUUCCAUGACUGUUUUGUUAACGGGUGCGAUGGGUCUGUGCUACUAGAUGGUGGGGAGAAGAAUGCAUUGCCUAAUAAUAAUUCAGCCAGAGGUUUUGAAGUCAUUGACACCAUAAAGGCUAAAUUGGAGAAAGUUUGCCCAUCAAUUGUUUCUUGUGCUGAUAUACUAAAUCUUGCAGCGAGAGAGGCUGUCUAUCUUGCAGGAGGGCCCUACGCGUAUUGGUCAGUACCCUUGGGACGUCGAGAUGGCUUAAAUGCGAGUGAGAGUGCAGCUAACCAAGAGCUCCCAUCACCUUUUGAGCCCUUAGCAAACAUUACUGCAAAGUUUACUUCAAAGGGUCUGGACACGAAAGAUGUGGUUGUGCUCUCAGGUGCACACACUAUAGGCUAUGCUCAAUGCUUCACAUUCAAGCCAAGGCUCUAUGAUUUCGAUGGGUCUGGUAAUCCUGAUCCGACACUUGAUGCAUCACUUCUCAACAAUUUGCGGAGUGUGUGCCCUAAUCAAGAUUCUUCAAAUUCCAACUUGGCUCCAUUGGAUAAUGUCACUACUGCUAAGUUUGACAACAUCUAUUUUAAGAACCUUGUGAACAAUUCCGGGCUACUCCAGUCAGACCAAGCUCUUAUGGGGGAUAAUAGAACUGCUGCAAUGGUUCUCAAUUACACGAAGAACGCUACCUUGUCUUGA